AUGGAGUAUAAUUACCAAGAUGUUCAAAGGACAGAUCCUUUUCUGUCCUUGGAUGUAAACUUAGAUGAUAUACAAUCUGUCGGACAUUCUGAGGCCAUGGAUUGCUAUCCACCCGUUUGUAAUCAAUGGAAUCAGCAACCAGCUAGCUCAGUUUAUCAACAUAAUCCUUACGGAAGAGUUAAUCAGCACAGUCCCCCUCAACAAUAUUAUGAUCCAAAUAAAUCGCGAGAAAUCGAUUCCGUCAUGACUCUUCUUCAGUCGGAUUCACCACCGCAUCAUGAUCCUUAUGCCAUGAAGUUCUCUCCUCCAAAUUUUGAAAGCCUUCCAAAUUAUAAUUCCACGGCGAGAAUGCUAUCACAGUUGGGAUCCCAACAAUCACAGACUCAAUCCGAAGCUAAUUUCCAACCGGGUAGUUUGGCUCAGAAGUUAGCUGCUCCAGCCAUGCAGCCUUUACCUGCGGUACAUUCCCCUCCAGCCAUGUAUGUCGAGGAGAGACUUUCUCCUUCUUAUAUAUAUAAACCCCCAAAGAUUGAGCCGACAGCAGAGCCAGCAUUCAGCAGCACACCCCGCAAGCCCUCCAAUACGAAAGAAGAGUUGCUACGACUUCUGGUUAAUAUGUCGCCGGGUGAGGUGGAAAUGCUCAAAAAUAGAGACGUGAGACCGAGACCAUCGGCUGUAGCAACGAGAGUAACUCGUGAUCAGAAAUGGAAAGAGGAUGAUAUGAGCGACGGGGAUGAUGAACAACAGGAAGAGAUGCCUACACGAAGAGGCCCGAAAACAGAAAGAAGAACAGCUCAUAAUCUGAUUGAAAGAAAGUACAGAUGUUCAAUCAAUGAUAGAAUUCAACAUCUGAAAACUAUUCUUGGCGGAGAAGAUACCAAGCUUAGCAAAUCUGCAACAUUACGAAAAGCCAUUGAACACAUUUCCAAUUUGGAACAUGAAAAUGCAGCGCUGAAAACAGAAAAUUUAAGAUUAACUUCUCUGUUGAUAUCAAAUAAGAUCGAGAUUCCUCCGAUUCAUCAUCUGCCUCCACUUUCUCCAACGUUUAGUAAUUCUGCUUCCACUUCAGGAAUAGAAUCUCUUGAGUCUCCAGAUACUAACAGCCCCUCAUCUCCCAUUUUCUCAAUGAAAGGUAAUACAAAGCCCAAAAUGGACCAAGUUCGUCUCUCAAUUUUCGCAUUCAUGCUCGCCAUGCUCAUUUGGAACCCUGCUAGCUUCCUAGCUGGUUCCGUGGCUGCAAGUCAGGAGCCUGUAAUUCAUAAUUCACUUCCAAUCGGAGGACGUGUCUUACAGAACGAUGAGGUUUUUGACCCGUACUAUACUGAAAAUUGGUGGCAAACAAACAUUAUCCGUCCAGGAUUUGUUUGGUCUGUAAAUAUAUUUGUUGUGUUUUGUGUCCUUAUAAGACUUCUUGUAUACGGAGAACCUGUACAGGAUUUCAAAUCUCGUUCAUGGUUAACUUUCUUAUCAUUCCGACAGAGAGCUCGUAUAGAAACUGAUGCAGGAAAUGUGAAGGAAGCUAUGCGAUUGUAUAUGGAAUGCUUACAGAUUCUGGAAAGACCACUUCCGUCUGCAGGUCUCGAUUCUCUCUUAUCAGUUCUUUGGCAAAUAGUUCGUCAUACUUUGAAUAGUUUAUGGAUUGGAAGAUGGUUCUCGAGAAGAAAACGAAAUGAUCUGAAACCUGUGACUGUCGUUUGUAAAAGCCAUGCUCAUACAGCUCUGAUCUACCAUAAGCUUCAUCAACUCCUACUGCUAGGUGUUGAUGAAACACAUGGCUCUGUAUCUGGAUUAUAUCUUUGCCUUUCUGCCGUGAACUUGGCUGAAAGCGCUGGCGUUUCUGUUGAUGGAUUACCCAGAAGUGUCAUGGCAGACAUAUACAUAGCUGCUGCUCUCAGGACAAGAUUAUGUCUCUACAGCCCUUUCGCGAAAAUCAUAUCCAUGUACUUUUUCCGAAGAGCUCGGAGACAUGUUCGACGAUCCGAAGAAAACGCUGUGAAUGGAUUGGCUUGGUUGUUUCACCCACUGAGCAAGAGUUUCCUGUCGAACCCUGAAACUUUAGAAGCUCUUUUAACAUCAUCCUCUAGACAUGCUUCAUUUACCUCGGAAAACUUAGAUGUCUCUCCCGUCUCCAAGUUGAGGAGUCAUUUCAAGCUUCAUUUGAUACAACUUCUGUCGUCUGAGUUAUCUGGGGAUUUGGAGGAAGAGAUUGAUGUGAUUGACGUCUCUCGCCUGUUGCUUUCAAUGUCGACCGGAGGUGGCACCCCGAAAAAGGAAAAUGAUUGGAAUUGUGACACAACCGUAGCAGACGGAGACCCUCUAUGUUCAUGGUGGACUCAUGUGCUAACUUGUGCCCUUCUAUGGCGACAAGGACGUAAUGAACUUGCGAAAAAACACUACACGGUUGUAAGACAAUGUCCGAAAGAACUAUUAGCAGAACCUUUGGCUCUAGCUGUUGGUCAUGCUUUUUGUGCCAGGAAAAUUUGCAUCGAAGACAGAAACAACGCUCAAUUUGGAAAGUUUGUGUUUGUUCAUUGUCAAAGUGCUUUGGAGACCAUGCGUAUUGUUCAUAGGAAGGAAGACAGCCAAAUCCAAGAGAUUCAGGAUUUGUUGAGCGUCCAUUCAUACGAAUGGGUUUUAUCUUCUUUGCUAGAUGCUUGGCGAACCGACUUGAAAGCUGAACAACCCUACUGGACGCAGAUACCGAAAUUUGACUUCCGAAUAUUAUAUCAAGAAGCUACCAACCAUUAUGUUCACAUAAGUGAUCGUACUAUUGAUAAUAGUGGAGCACGAACAUUGGUGUAUCAUUUAACAUGCAGAAUGCUGAACGGUGCAAAUCCCAUUGAGACUAUGACAAGUGUCUCUCGCAUAGCAAAACAUUUAAUAUCAGUUGCAUCUGGCAAUGCCGGACUAGUAAGUCGAGCUGACCAACCAGAUCCCUUCCAUUUGCAUGUACUGACAAAGUUACAUGCAAAUCUCGGAAAACGUAGUGAACUAUUGAAGUAA